AAUGCUGAAAUGACUCUAGUGAUUAACAGAAAUUUAAGUAAUAAUUUUGAGUAUUAUUUCUCGUGCUCUGGAGUGUAAAAAGUGUACCUGCGGUGAAUUUAAUUUUUCGCUAAUUCGAUUGCGAAAUUGAUUGAUUGAGCGAAGCUGAUUGCGAAAGUUAUCUCGGCCAUGCAGUGCGAAUGGAGCUGAACGAUCUGACAUGCCAAAAUAUCCGUAAUUCCAGAUUUGGCGUUCUUCGCGUGCAAGUUCAAUUUGUCUAUGAAUGUUGAUCGGAAUUUCUUGAUCAGUACGAGCUCGUAGUGAUAUUUGAUUUGCUCCUUCGUGUUUCCUCCUGAAAGCUACAAUUAAGAAACACUUCCUCAAUGCUAUCCUGAUCGGGAAUUGUACCCAUUACACAAAUCGCAUUCCCCCGUUGUAUCUGGAUAGAGAGCCGCUGUCUAAAAAACUCUUUCGCACGUUUCUGGCCUGUGGCGGUGGCCAUACCGCUUCCAACCUUAUCCACAAGCCUUUUUGUUCCAUCUCCCCACGGUCCGUAAAUUUCGAAUGCUGCCGCCAUGAAGUUAUACCGUGGCUGCAGCCAGCUGUGUUUCGUCAGUUUCGCUCUUUCGGCAUGUUCAGCUGCGGCCUCGGCAUUCAUUGAGGUGCGAUCGAUAUAAGAGGCUGCAAGUGUGUCCACGCAAGUCACGUCGACGGCCAGCGGCUUUCCGCGUUCCCAUGGUACGAGUGUGAUCACAUCCGGCCUUUUGCGAUCCUUCGCUGAAAGACCUUUCGGCUCCAUUCUGGCUGGGAAACCGGCUGUCUUUAGUCCUCGGGUGAGCUCCCCACUGAUACCGUCGUGUCGUGGCAGCCGUCCGGCAGAUCGUUUGCAGCGGAGUCCGUGCCGGCCUAAUUCGUCAACCGAUCCACCGCACACGCACACGUGCGGGGAUACAAUUGGUGCACCCAAACGCAACGCAACGCUGAUGCGGAGAGCGUUAUUUUCCAGCAGAUUACCGAGGCUUGCUGCGGGCAGUGCAUGGAUCCAUACGCCGGAUUCCGGGACCGAAACAGCCUUCAGGUGAGCGACCUCAUCCUUUGUGGUGCGCAAUGAGGUCAGCCUAGAAAAUGCGUGUAGCGUCGUAGGCGUGUCCCAGGCCUUCUGAACGUGUCGCAGUGCUUCCGCCGGGAGAUCGUCUGUGUUGGCGAUAACUUUCCAGGCACGAGUGGCUACCGUUACAUCCGUUGGCUUAAGCGCCGGACACAGCUUGGAGAUCAGUGGGUGCAACGAGGAAGCCGAUGCCAGAUAAGCAGAGGGAGCUAGCUUCUCGGUGCGUCUGAUGGUGAUGGUUCAAUGGUAGUCUUUGGCAAUGCGGAUUGGCUGUAUUGAGGUGGAAUGCAGAUUGGCUGUACUGAGGCACUGAGAUAGCUAACAGCGUAAACCAUAGCGUGACUUGCACGGUUCCCUGUAACCCACACGCACUCCUACCCUGUAACUUCGAUGCUCCGCCCUCGAUUGCAAUGAUACGCUUGUGCAGGUUAUAUACGCAAGUAACUCGAGAAGUCCGCCAACUUUCUAAGCUUACUGUUAUAUGGAAGUCUUUACUGCUCAAACCGAAUCCGGAUUGAAGGGAUUAUGAUUGGAAACUGCCUGGUGGGUAUGUGGAGGCCCAUUCUGCGUGCCGGACUUUCGUCUGCUUUCUCAAGGAUCAAUGCAAAUGAUCGAAGCGGCGUACUGCGGUAUCGUUCUAUGAGCGCUCACGUUCUUCGGAAUUCCGUGGUCUCAGAACGGCGCCUCCACUCAAAUGCUUACCAGUCUCCCAACUGCAGUGACGAUUCGCAGCAAGUCAAAGAAAAUAUUCUCAAGGCAGCGUUGAGGAAGAUUGAAGAAUUUGGCUGGACUGAAGAUGCCUUGGUAGCAGGAGCUGCCGAAUGUGGUUUGCCUUCGAUAUCUCACGGACUGUUCGAUCGCGGCGGAGCGGAUCUGGUGAUAUACUUUUAUAACAGCAAUAACGAAGACUUCGUGAGAACGUGUGGAAGUCGGAAAAAUUUAGCAGGUGGCAGUCAUGCUGCUUUGAAGAGGUUUUUCGCAGAGGCCAUAAAAGAACGUUUAAUGCUGAACACGCCUCUCCUGGAAUGGUGGGCAUCGGGUUUAGGAAUUUUGGCACAGCCCAGGUAUGCACGGGAAGCCAUGCGACUGGUUGGCCAACUGGUGGACGAAAUGUGGUAUUUAAGCGGAGAUACCACUGUAGACUCCAACUGGUAUGGGAAGCGUGCCGCUCUGGCUGCGGUUUAUAACGCUACUGAACUGCACAUGCUUCAAGAUAAGUCGGAUGGCUUUGUCGAUACCUGGGAAUUCCUAGACCGUCAACUGGAUGCUUAUUUGUGGUUACAUAGCCGUAUUGACCGGGUACAAGAGCCUUUAAGUAACACGCUUCCGUUGCUCAAUGCUGGCGUUACAACUAUCGCUAAUCUCACCGGCCUCAAUCAGCGGCGACAUUUCUGAUGUGAUAUCCUCUGUUGUUGUUCUUGCAGAUUUGUAAAAAUUUCGUUUCAAAGAAUAAUUAGCUGACUGAACAAGCGGUGAAUUGUUAACAAAAUAAUUAAACACUGUUCAGUCUGAGCAAAUAGAGAACUUACAAACAA